UUUUUCUAUAAUUAUUAUUACAGAAUUAUUUUACCCUUCGAGUGCCAGAGGAUAUUUGCCUAGACAUCAGGGAAAUGCCAGACAAUUUCAAGUAAAGAUGAUUGCAAAUUUUUACACAAUACUAAAAAUAUGUUGGACUUCUUUCAUUAUUAAAAAAAUAAAAAUAAAACGUUAUGGGUUUAACAAAGAAGUAGCGUUCUAAAAUAAAAUUCACGAAUCCCAAAGCAGCAUUCCAACGUGAAAACGUUCCCAACCCCUAAUUUAGACCUUUAGAAAAAUGUAAUGGAAGCAUAGAUGUCCAGGUGAAUCGAAAUAAGGGCUGCGGUUCCUGGACCGAAAGCAAAUGGGAGAGACAACGCGCAACAAUGACAACGAAAACAAAGGACAACGAGGAAGCCUCGAAUUUGUACCGCUACGGACGCCUAUCGUAGUCGUCGAACCCACCACCCAGCCGCGCUGCCGUCGACCGAAUAAUAGGGUGAGUCGGGGGCGAAACGGGGAUGAUUCGGGCAGUAGCAUGCCGCCCUUGGUGCCGUGAACGUCGUGGAACGUCGCUCGUUACGGAAACGGAACGUCGACGGUGUCCCUUCUCUCGGCACGUACACCUGCCACCCCUUGCGAGCCUACACGAGGAUCCAGGAAACAACGACACCGAAACCAACCCCCUAAAAGGAACCGAGACGCGUCUAAUAAUUACACGGGCUAACUAAACAUGCGGACGAGGGGAACGUGAAGAGCGAAAAUAUGGUGGACAAAGAGGAAAUAACGACGACACCAUCGCCGGUGAAUAUCAACGAGGCGAUCGAGGGAGAGGUGUUGAAUCAAAAGACUGCUAGAAUACUUAAGAACGACCUUUUGCUACACGAGGCUGUGAUAAAAAACGAAGCGGAGACCGUUCGCAAAGUGCUCAAAGAGCCCGUCGACGUCGAUUCUAGGAACAACUAUGGCCGAGCGCCGAUCCACUGGGCAGCGUCAAGGGGAAACACGGAAAUCAUCGAAAUGCUGAUGCAAGCGAAAUGCGACAUCGAGGCCAGAGACAAGUUCGGCAUGCGCCCGUUGCACAUGGCUGCUUGGUAUGGGCACAGGGACGCCGUGAAGAUGUUAAUCAACGCCGGAGCAAAUGUGUCAGCCGUCAACAAGAAACAAUACACUCUUUUAAUGUGCGCCGCCCGCGGCAGCAACGUCGGCGUAGUCGAGUACCUCGCGGAGGCCGUGGAAUCGUUGAACGGCGAUGCAACCGAUUGCACCGGUGCAACUGCACUUCAUCACGCAGCUAGUGCCGGUCACCCGACUGUGAUAACAGCCCUCUCCAGCAUACCUUGGCUCGAGCUAAAUGUCACGGACAAGAAAGGACAGACACCAAUACACUGUGCUUGCGCGGAGGAACACCUGGAAGCUGUGGAGAUUCUUAUAGGGCUAGGAGCAAACGUGGACGCACAGGACAACGAAGGAAACACCCCUCUUCACGUGGCUACCAGAACGAGGCACACGGCCAUAGCUCAAUUGUUACUAAAGGCUGAAGCUAAUACCGAGCUGACUGAUCAAAUGGGUUUCACUCCCCUUCACGUCGCCGCCAGUCAGGGUUGCAAAGGAAUACUAGACUCGAUGAUUCAACACGGUGCAGAGCUCAAUAAGCAAUGCAAGUACGGAAACACGCCUCUACACUUAGCCUGUCAGAACAACGAAGUAGAAACGGUCGAGAUACUGAUUAACAAAGGGGUCGACCUGAACUGCUUGAACUUGAGACUACAGUCGCCGAUCCACAUCGCUGCAGAGAUGGGCCACACAGACAUAUGUGAGCUGUUGCUUGCAGCAGGUGCGAAUAUCGAGCAAAGAGAACAGAGCGGCAGGACGCCAUUGUACGUCGCAGCGAGAGGCAGUUUUACAGCCAUCGUAGAUAUGAUUAUUAAAACUGCCAGGCUAGACUACCCCGCACCGGAAGCUUCGACGUCCGAGAAGGAAAUUCGAGAUCUGACGCCCGCGAGAAGAAGAUGGCGAGAGGGAUCUAGGGGUGGAAGUAUCUCCAGCAAUAAUUGCGGGCUCCCAGAGCACAUUCGAUCGGUUCUAUGGAAGUUGGCGUACAAACACUUGGGUCCUGAAGAUUGGAAGAAGCUGGCUCUUCACUGGGCCUUCACGCACGAACAAAUUCGCGCGAUUGAGCACCAGUAUACUGCUCCUAUCGUAGGUCCUUCGAGCUACAAGGAGCACGGCUUCCGGAUGCUGAUGAUCUGGGCAUCGGGACUGAGUCCUGACAUCUCCAUAGCAAAGGAACUCUGCGACGCUUUGUCUGCGGUCGACAAAAAGGCUGCCGCGGAAUCGGUUCGCAAACAAUUGGAUCAAGAGAAGGAGGGCAAAGCGAAGUCGAACAAGCAGCGCUGUCACAAAUGCUCCAUCGCUUAAAUGCAACGAUUUUAAUACUCCGCCUGCGAUAGGAAAACAGGUGAAAAACUGUAAGACUAUCAAGGAACUCAAAUCGAUCGCUGUAGUCGGAAAUAAUUGUCGGGGUUCUAGCGACGCUCGUGUUGUGACGUAUGUAUCCGUAUAUAGUCGCCGAUCUUACCUUUUUUACAGUACGACGUUUCGAUAUGAACUCGCGGUUUCAUAGUGAGAUUAUUGUGUAUAGAUACGAAGAGAAUCAACGAAACGUGUUACACGAGUCAACGAAAGCAUUCGAUGUGAGAACUCUCGAAUCGCGGGGCAAAUAAGAUAAAAAAAUAUCACGCGAACGUAUAAAUUUUACAGUCGCGACGUUUCGCGUGGAUUAGAAACGCGUUUGUACAUAUUUUUGGAAAAGUGCCAUCGUCUCUCGACCUGCCUCGAAACAUUUAUUUCGAUUGGUUUUCGUUCUGGUUUCGUAUGGACAAAAUUCGCGUCUAGUUUCCAAUAACGAAUACAAAAUAAAUUGUUUCUAUCAACACUUUCGCUUUGGACACGUAUACGCAUUAAUAGAUUUUCAUAUAAUAAGAUCGUGGAGUUAAUUCGAAAUUCAGCAAUGUUUGCAACAAAACAAGCCGUCCUGUCUCGUUUCAUUCUUGGCCAAAAUCGAACGUACUCUUCGAAGAUCACGGUUCUGUUCGUCGAUAGUCGCGCGAAACCAGGUAUCUGUAAUUAGAAACGUGAAAUACGUACCUUGGAGUAUGAGCGGGCGAUGCGAAGCCGGGCUUUCGAUGUGAUAAAAGAAAGAAA